AUGUUCGCGUUCCGGAAUCUGUUCUCCUCAGACAAGCCCAAGCGCCAGGCUCCAGAGCCACCAGAAGACGAACGCCGCAACAAGCGCCCUCACACCGAAUCCGACGCCGCGAUUUCGAGCACCGCAAACCAACUCGUUCCACUGGUGUCUCGUCAGGAAGCUGCGGCAUUUUGGACACAGCCACAUCGGUUGCCAGAGCCUCAGGACUUCCCAAUUCAACCUGACGCAGCCAUCACCAACUCGAACGCCAACGGCUACGAAUCUGACGAGGAUAUCUUCCAAGAUGCGCCAGGUGGUGACUCAUUCAUCACUGACGCGCAAGAGAGCCAGUAUGAGCCUUGGGUGGAUGAGGAUCGUACUCAGAAGCCGCUGCAGCAGCCAACCCAGUCGGCAGUCGACUUCGUCGCCGAGGACGAGGAUGGCAACCCGCUCUACGAAGACUGGGCUAUUCCUCCUGGUGCGGACCUGCAGCAGCACGGUCAUGAGCAAGUGGGGGACAUGAAUGGCCAAGAGCAAAUCAUUUCUGGCAACAUCAAUCAGGCUGGGGCCACGGAAUUUGGUGGAGCUGGAGAUGUCAUGUCUAUCAGCAGUGACAACGGCCAGGCCAACUUCAACGGAGCCGAUCAGCGCGGAAUUACGGGUGCCGUCGAAGAGGGCAUCUUGGGCUGGGAUGAGACCGGUCUGACUUUCGACCUCCAAGAUGCGGCAGCCGCAGCCGCAGCAGCUCGAGAUGCGAAUCUCGACCUCUUCGAUCUCACUCAUGUGGCGGAUCAAAACCUCGGCUUCUUCAAUCAGGAGUACAACGGCCAGAACUUCCCACCAAAUACCGCACGUCCCGACGCCAUCGGAUUGCAAGACGACGAUACUCCACAGUACCAGGCCGUCACCAAGGAGCACGCUGCAGGAGGCGAGCCAGGUGAAGAGGUACCGCAGCCUCUUGACACUGUACUCGGAAAAGCCCAAGGCGAAGAGCAAAACCCAGAGACCAACGAGACCGACGCCCGGACCAACGGCAUCGAAGGCGACCUCUUCGCCACAAUUUUCGGCAACCAGGAACACACAAUCUCCAACUCGGACGACGACGACGACGAAGAAACCACCCGCCCCCGUCGCCGCCUCUCCACCCCACCCCUCCCCCAACCAAGCAAACCCUCCCCACCCAAGCAGGCGAAGAAACCCACCACCACCACCACCACCACCACCACCGACGCACCCCUCCGCCCGGGCCCGGACCUCGACCGAAACCUCUCCCCCCAGCUCCGGGAAAUCUACAAAUUCCACGCCCGCGUCUAUCCCUUCCUGCAGAGACUCCCCUCGCACCACCUGAAUGCCAUGUCCCUGUCCCCCCACAGAUACUGGGUCGCCGUGCUGCUGGAGGGCAAAGUCCACGCCAAGAACAUACGCAGCGAGAAGGAUUUCAUCUGGAUCAAGGGGUCCCGGUAUACGACCGUGAAGACGGUGCGGGAGAGUUACUUGACGACCAUGUUCUGUGAGGAGCAAGGGUUGGAGAUUCGACUGGGUGGUGGGGAACGCGUGGACGAGUGGGAUGUGAUGGGGGAGCUGGAUUAUUUCGGGAACCACGUGGUUUGUUUCAGGGCUGUGAGGGUUGCGGAGGGCGAUGUGAGGAAGGGGGGUUCGAAGACACUGGUGCCCAAGUUGAUUCAGGAGGUGGUGGAGAUUGAUUGA